AUCAUUUCAAGUAUCGGUGUUCAAAUUGUCCCUAUUUUUCGUGUAAACGUGCUAAUUAUCUGAGUCAUCAAUCUAAUUGUAAUCGUCGAACUCAAAAUCGUCAAUUAACUGAUUAACUGAAUCGAUCCAAGACUUGAUCCCAUUUCUGGUUAUUUAGGCUUAACCGUUUUUUUUUGUUUUCUCUUGGAAAUUGAUUGAAAUUUUUUCUUAAUUGUUGCUCUUUGAUCUUAGUUAAUUGUUCUACCUUUUUUAUUAGUUUGUUAAUCGAAACUCUUUUCUCAACAUGGUGCAGUUAACUAAUGUAUUGAUGAAAUAUAUGCCACAUUGGUUUCAAUUGCCUAUGAGAAAUGGUGGUCGAUAUUUCAAAAAGUAUAACCUGUACCGAAUGACUGGUGCGUUUUAUGGUCGAAAUCGUAAUACUUAUAAAAAUGCUGUAAAUAAAUGGACCAAAAAGAUAGAAUAUGAGAAUCGUGAUCGUCCAGGUAAAAAAAUUGAACUACGAGAUCUAUUUUCUCAAAGGCUUGUAGCCAGUUGCCGAGAACAUGAUUACCCUUUCCAUUUAUUCAUCACAGCUUUACCAAUGAUGAACAUUGAAUUGGAUAGAAAAACUUUGUCUAAUUUAGCAAUUUGGGAACCUCGAACGUUUAAAUCUCUCAUUGAAUUAGCUAAAGAAUUUCAUCAUGUCAAUCAAAGAAAUCCAUUAAUGGACCAUCGAAAACCCGUCAGUGUCAUCUCAAGAGGAAUGUUGAAAGAGUCUUAAACGACAAAGAUAAAUGGAAAAUGUAAAUUUAUAUAACGGUAUUUACGGACUAAUCUAAAUUUGUAAAAUUUGGUUGCUAAUCUUGUCAACAAACACAAUCAAUCCAAGCUCAAUGUUCAUCAAACUAAACAUUUGCCCAAUGUAGAAAGUUAAUCCAAUAUAAUCAACUUACUGUAACUAGUUUUACCCAACAAUUAAAUAAAUUAAUAUGUUGAAAACAA